GUGGGCUAGGCUGUGCGGCUUGCGGGGGGGAGAGUAACGUCGGGCCGGGUCAGCGGGCGCUGCAGUAGUCGCCGCAGCGGCUAUGGGAGCGGUGGGGACGAGGCGGCGGCGGCGGCGGCAGGAGGAGGUGCAGGGGCUGGCACGAGAGCAGCGGCCUGGGGAGGCCCGCAGCAACACCCGCAGCCGUCGCCGCCGCCUUUAGACGCGGACGGCACCCGAGGGGACCGCCGGCCGUCUAAGCCGCGCUCGGGUCCCGCCGCAGUGGGCGGCGGGGGAUGGGCAGGCGGCGGCGGGCCAGCCUGCUGAGCGGUGACUCCUACCUGUGCGGACCUUGAGCUGGACCCCAGUCCUCCGCCGGAGAUCCUGCGUCCGCCGCGGCCCAGAAUUGUAAAACCGGUAAGAUCAAGUGCCUAUUGAAAGAGACUCACUUUUGGCUAAGAAGAGAAGUAGGAACUAGAUUAAAUGGAAACCACCCUCGGGAGCUAGAUGCCUGUGUAGCUGUUUUACCACAUCAGUGUUUUGCAAUGAGUGGGGGAGGAGAGCAGCCAGAUAUCCUCAGUGUUGGAAUCUUGGUCAAAGAAAGAUGGAAAGUGUUAAGAAAGAUUGGGGGUGGGGGCUUUGGAGAAAUUUACGAUGCCUUGGACAUGCUCACCAGGGAAAAUGUGGCACUGAAGGCAGAGUCAGCUCAGCAGCCAAAGCAAGUUCUGAAGAUGGAGGUCGCCGUGUUGAAGAAACUGCAAGGGAAAGACCAUGUUUGUAGAUUUAUUGGCUGUGGGAGAAAUGAUCGUUUCAACUAUGUGGUCAUGCAAUUGCAGGGUCGGAAUCUGGCAGAUCUUCGACGUAGCCAGUCCCGGGGCACAUUCACCAUUAGCACUACUCUUCGGCUUGGGAGACAGAUUCUGGAGUCUAUUGAAAGCAUCCAUUCUGUGGGAUUCCUUCACAGAGACAUUAAACCGUCAAACUUCGCAAUGGGACGCUUUCCCAGUACAUGUAGGAAAUGUUUCAUGCUUGAUUUUGGCUUGGCCCGACAGUUUACCAAUUCCUGUGGGGACGUCAGACCACCUCGUGCUGUGGCAGGCUUUCGAGGAACAGUUCGUUAUGCAUCAAUCAAUGCCCAUCGUAACAGGGAAAUGGGAAGACACGAUGACCUUUGGUCCUUAUUCUACAUGUUGGUAGAGUUUGUGGUUGGUCAGCUGCCUUGGAGGAAAAUCAAAGACAAGGAGCAAGUAGGUUCCAUUAAGGAGCGGUAUGACCACAGGCUCAUGUUGAAACACCUCCCUCCCGAAUUCAGCACCUUUCUUGACCAUAUUUCCUCUUUGGAUUAUUUUACAAAACCAGACUACCAGCUUCUUACCUCCGUGUUUGACAACAGCAUCAAGACUUUUGGAGUGAUUGAAAGUGACCCUUUUGACUGGGAGAAGAGUGGAACUGAUGGCUCCCUAACUACCACCACCACCUCUGCCACCCCUCAGCUGCACACCCGCCUGACCCCUGCUGCAAUCGGAAUUGCAAAUGCCACUCCCAUCCCAGGAGACUUGCUCCGAGAAAAUACAGAUGAAGUAUUUCCAGAUGAACAGCUUAGUGAUGGGGAGAAUGGUAUCCCUGUUGGUGUAUCACCAGAUAAAUUGCCUGGAUCUCUGGGGCAUGCUCGCCCUCAGGAAAAGGAUGUCUGGGAAGAGAUGGAUAUCAACAAGAACAAGAUAAAGCUUGGAAUUUGUAAGGCUGCUACUGAAGAAGAAAAUAGUCAUGGUCAAGUCAACGGUGUUCACAAUGCUCCAAGCCUUGGCUCACCAAUUCGUGUCCGAUCAGAGACUACUCAGCCAGACAGGGAUGUUCCAUUAGUAAGGAAGUUACGCUCCAUUCACAGCUUUGAGCUAGAAAAACGUUUGACACUAGAGCCAAAGCCAGAUACUGACAAGUUUCUUGAGACCUGCAUGGAGAAAAUGCAGAAAGAUUCCAGUGCAGGAAAGGAAUCUGUUCUCCCUGCUCUUCCUCAUAAGCCUUGUGUUCCUGUUGUGUCCCGCACUGACCACAUCUGGCAUUAUGAUGAAGAAUACCUCCCUGAGGCUUCCAAGCCUGCCUCUGCCAACACUCCAGAGCAGGCAGAUGGUGGCGGCAGCAAUGGAUUUAUAGCUGUUAACUUAAGCUCUUGCAAGCAGGAGGUUGAUUCCAAAGAAUGGGUGAUUGUGGACAAGGAGCAAGACCUUCAGGAUUUUAGGACAAAUGAGGUGUUAGGCCAUAAAACAACUGGAAGCCCUUCAGAUGAGGAGCCUGAAGUACUUCAGGUCCUUGAAGGAUCACCUCAAGAUGAAAAGAUCCAAGUAGGUCCUUGGACUGACAACCACCACUUAAAGGAAAGCUCAGGUGUGGUCUUAGCACUUUCUGCGGAAUGUCCUGCAACAGCUGCUUCAGAACAGUACACAGACAGGCUAGACCUCCAGGCUGGAGCUGCUAGUCAGUUCAUCACAGUGACUCCCACAAGUCCAAUGGAGGCACAAGCAGAAGGACCCCUGACUGCGAUUACAAUUCCUAGACCUUCUGUGGCAUCAACACAGUCAACUUCAGGGAGCUUUCACUAUGGUCCACAACCAGAGAAGAAAGAUCUUCAACCCUUGGAGCCCACUGUGGAACUUUAUUCUCCAAGGGAAAACUUCUCAGGCUUAGUUGUAACAGAGGGUGAACUUCCUAGUGGAGGAAGCAGAAUGGAUUUGGGACUUCAGAUAGAUCACAUUGGUCAUGACAUGUUACCCAACAUGAGAGACAGUGACACAUCUCAAGACUUGGGACCAAAAGACCUUCCUGACCAUAAUAGAUUAGUUGUGAAAGAAUUUGAAAAUCUCCCUGGAGAAACAGAGGAAAAAAGCAUUCUUCUGGGUUCAGAUAAUGAAGAUGAGAAGUUAAGUAAAGGGCAGCAUUGUGUUGAAAUCUCUCUCCCAGGAGAUUUAGUAACUACAGAAAGGGAUCAGUCAGCUACCACAGAACCUGUUGAUGUAUCAAAGACACAGAAUUUUAGUGUGGUGCCAAAUCAAGACAAAAACCAUGAGAUAAUGAAGCUUUUGGCAGUUGGAACUUCAGAAAUUUCUCAAGUCAUUGACCCACAUGCUGAAGGGCAGAUAGGCCAGGUGGCAGUAAUGCAAAAAAACAAACUGUUUAAGGAUGCUGACAUUAAGAGUGAAGACUUGCCAGGACAUCAGGGAGACCUCUCUACUUUUUUGCACCAAGAGGGAAAGAGAGAAAAGGUUGUCCCUAGAAAUGGAGAGCUAUAUCAUUGUGUCCCAGAGAAUGAGCAUGGUCCUCCCACCCGGAAGGACAUGCUUCGGUCAUCCUUUGUAACCAGACACAGCCGGAUCCCUGUUUUAGCACAAGAAAUAGACUCAACUUUUGAGUCAUCCUCUGCAGUCUCUGCAAAAGAAAAGCUUCUACAGAAGAAAGCCUACCAGCCAGAACUAGUCAAACUUCUGGUAGAAAAAAGGCAGUUCAAGUCUUUCCUAGGGGACCUCUCAAGUGCCUCUGAUAAGCUAAUAGAGGAGAAAUUAGCUGCUGCCCCUGUUCCCUUUUCUGAGGAGGAAGUCUUCACUCCCUUUUCCAGAUUGGCAGUAGAUUCCCACCUGAGUAGAUCAGCUGAAGAUGGCUGUCUGUCACCCAUCAUCUCCCAGUCUAGAAAGAGCAAGAUUCCAAGGCCAGUUUCCUGGGUCAGCACAGAUCAAGUUAAUAGCUCAGCUUCACCUCAGUUCUUGCCUCGGCCACCACCAGGAAAGCCACCAAUCAGGCCUGGAGUAGAAGCCAGGCUACGCAGAUAUAAAGUUCUAGGGAGUAGUAACUCUGACUCAGACCUUUUCUCUCGUCUGGCCCAAAUUCUUCAAAAUGGAUCUCAGAAACCCCGGAGUACUACUCAAUCCAAGAGCCCAGGAUCUCCUCACAAUCCAAAAACACCACCCAAGAGUCCAGUCGUGCCUCGCAGGAGUCCCAGUGCCUCUCCUCGAAGCUCAUCCUUGCCUCGAACAUCUAGUUCCUCACCAUCUAGGGCUGGACGGCCCCACCAUGACCAGAGGAGUUCGUCCCCACAUCUGGGGAGAAGCAAGUCACCCCCAAGCCACUCAGGAUCAUCAUCCUCCAGGAGGUCCUGCCAACAAGAGCAUUGCAAACCCAGCAAGAAUGGCCCAAAAGGAUCUGGUAGCCUCCACCACCACUCAGCCAGCUCUAAAAUUCCCCCAGGGAAGAGUAAGCCAGCCAGUAAACUCAGCAGAUAGGAAGUAGUGGGUUGUAUCUCUGGGAAAGGUGUGAGAUCUUCCUCCUAGACCUGAUGCAUGUGUCUCCCUGUACUGUCUGUUUCAAACAAUCAGUGUUGAUCUUCUUUUGCAAAAGAAAGUAACAUGAUCAGUUAUUUAUAAGAAGACAUAACUAUCUACAUACUAAGGAAUAGGGCAGGUAGGAAGCGGACCAGGAGUCAAAUGCUUCAGUCCAGCAAAAUCCAAGGGGAAGAAACUCAUUAAAUGAGCUCUUGUUUUGUAGCUGCCUUUGAAAUAGGAAGUUGACGAUAGGAAAUAGAAUGGGAUUUUAAGUGAUUUUGCCUAAUUUGUUAAUCCUCUACUCAAAGAGUAUAGCAAAAGUGUUUGAUAUUUUUAUUUUCAACUUCCUAACCUUGGAAAGUCAUUGUGCAGACAUUCAAAUAUAUAAGAAGCCUGUUGCCAGGAAACUAGUACUUGGGUAUAUUUGGUUUGUGUGCUUAUUUAGUGAAUCCACACCUUUCUUUCCACUCAUUCCACUCAUUUAAAAUUGUUUCUUACCUCUUAUUUUAACAAUGCACCCUAAUAAGGGUUUCAGCAGCACACACUAACACUUUAAAAUCUAGUCGCCCUUAUUUAGUCAAACCUUGCUAUUUUCCUUUGAGCCGCAGUUUUUAACUCAUAUAUUUUUAUCUCAGAAAGGAAAACAAUGUCCAGCUAGAGCUGUUUUGGGCAGGCAUGUUUGGAGAUGGAGAGAGAGUGGGACAAUGUCUUUAAAGGUAGAAGCAUCCCUUGACCUGAUUACAUCUCCUUGUAGAAGGAGACUGACCAGAGGAGAAAGCUUCCUUUAUGUCCUCCCCGCGCUCUCUAGUGCUAGCCUUCAAGAUGGCACUAGGAAAGCAAAACACUUCGGAAUAUGGCAUAUGUUUUUUAGAAAUUUAGAAAGAAAUUAACUAUGUUAUGGAGGCUUAUAAUCUUCAGAUUUUGUAUUUUAUACAUUAAGCCAAUAAGGAAUGAAUAUCUGGGGAAAUAAAUUAGGCUAAAUAGUUUUCUUUCAAUGUUUUUAUUACUUGGUUCUUGUGUUGUUUAAUGCUUGGGCUUCUCAUUCUUGGCCCAAUCUCCAUAUAAUCUCAAUUUAUAAAGUUGUAAGGAUGAUCAUAUUUGUUUUAUCCUCACUCUCUUUCUAGCAAAAAUCAGGCAAAUUAAAGAAUACCAGACUUUUUAAGUGGGCUAUUUGACGCCCUAUGAAUGUUUAGUAUGAUAAAAAACCUUAUUGAGGUCAGAGAAAUUGAUCUGCCUGCUGUUGAAAUCUCUGCCUUCUAACAAACAUCUACUUUCUCUUUGACCUUGUGUUGCUGCCAAACCUAAAACAGAUGAAUUUGAGGUAGGGGUGGGGGAGAAGGAAAUGCACCAAGUGAGCAUGUUCCAGUGCUGCUUCUAGCUGCCCUGAUGCUAUACUUGUUUUCUGUGCUGAGCUUUUUCAAAAUUGGGACACUAUACUGAGACAUAAGGUCUCCAUGAGAAAUGUGGCGUAGUGUGGAAUCCAAUUCCUUUCCAGGUUCAAGCAUUCCAGAGCAGUGCAGCAGAUAAGGCAAAUUUACUGUUUGUCUAUUACAAUUGUAAUACUGGAGACUGACCCUUGUGUAUUAUAUUGUAGAACAGUUGCUGCAAUACUACUUGCAUGUCUUUCAUGGUAAAUUAUAUAAAUAUUUAUAAAUAUAGAGACAUAUGCUUAUAUAAAUCCAUUCUUUCUCAUUCUGCAUUUGUAAUUUCAAAAUCCUUAGAUGAUAAAAUUCCUUUUCUAUUAUGUGCCUCCUGUACACUUGGGCAUUGCCCAUCUUCAUUUUCUGAAAAUAUGUUCUGGGCAUGUGACACCUAAGAUUCCUCUUGCCUUCCAGGAACAUAGUGCAACAGUUGGCAGCCUUUAACAAGCCAAGGUAUAAGAUACUUAAUUUUCAUUUAAAAAGUAUUUUAAUAGGUGAAAAUUUUAAAAGGAUAUGCUUGUAAUACAGGCUCAAAGAUUACUUAUGUUAGCCACAUAGUUCUGUCAUUAUGGCUAGAGUGGAUCAAUGGGCAUUAUAAUUAUGGAUCUGGCAUCAGCUGAUUUUUAAAACAUUUCCUGAAAGUUGCCUCUUUCAUGUUGCUCUUUUGAAUAGGAGUGGGGAUAGGAUGUAAGAUAAUUAAGAAAUUAUCUUUCUUCUGUUACAUUAGCUAACUGAUGCUAAAAGUAGCCAGCUUUCAUACUGACCUUUCUAGUCAGAAAUGUGCUAAUAGUAACCACUGGGAAAGCUAAAACAGCCCAGCCUUUUUCUUCCUAAAUUUCUCUACUGAUAGUCAAAUCCCAAGGUGAUGGGCAGCAUGACACAGGAUGUUUUCCGUCUCAGUUUCUUUGUUUCCUCCCACCUUUUAAUGUGUUGCUUCCUUUUCUACAUGUCAUUAACAAACCCAUCAAAAUCCAGAGACAAAUGGCCUCAUUACCUGAGAAUGUUUUAUUUUGCAUGUAGAGAAAAUAGCCAACCAAAGAUGUUUUUGCUCUGAAGAAAAGAAAAUGGACUAAUUAUUUUAUGUAUCAGUAGGUCCAUUUAUUAAGUGCUGUUCUGAUAUAGAGAUUAAAAAGCUGAACCAAGGUGGUGGUACAUACCUUUAAUCCCAACACUCUGGAGGCAGAGGCAGCCUGGUCUACAGAGUGAAUCUCAGGAUAGCCAGGGCUACACAUAGAAACUCUACCUCCAUCCCUCACCCCCUCAAAAAAAGAGAGAGAGAGAUUAAAAAGCAUAGUUUGUGCUUUUAGAUGUUACAUUUCUUUCAGGUUAAAAAUGGAAGUUGGCAACCUUAAGCAACACUUUUGGAUCAGGAGUAUGAUCCAGAGAAUAAAACUUUUGUUUCCAUUUGGCCUUUUCAGUUCCUUAUUUUGAGGUUUUUAUUGAUAGCAUAUAGAUCAUCCAAAUAAAUAUAAAUGGUUUAGCUAUUUUACUUAAGGUGAGAAACAUGACUGAAGGUAUAGCAAAAGUAAUGUGAAACCAAACUUAAGUUACCUUUUGGAAAACAAAUACCUCCUGGUUUCCAUCUGCACAGGUUACUGACUCAUGCCCACCCUUGCCUUGUUUCAUCUCUGCGAUUAUUUCAUUGGAGCAAAAAAUAGAUAUACCAAUAGUUUAGUUCUUAAUUUUAGGUAAUGUUGCCCCAAAAUUAUACUACUGACCUUCAAGCUUUCUUAAUUGCUUUUGAAAUAUUAAAAUCAUACCUAGGAAUCUUGUACAGCCUAAACAUGUUUGACUUCAAUGGAUAGUGUACACAGGAGGAAAUUGGAUCGUAUCCAAUUCAACAUUAAGAUAUAGAUUCUUAAGUCCCCUUGCAAUGAAGCUGUCAGCAGCCAGACAUUAAUCUCCAUCCUGUGCUGGCCUUGCAGACAGGAGCACAGUUACCUUUAGUUUUUUAGCUGCAUGCUUUGCAAUGAAUGUUUUUGGUAAAAGUUGCCUAACAAGUUAAUCAAGGCCUAAAAAAAAGUAGCAAAAUGGUUAAAGGCCCAUUGUCAUCAUUAUCCACUUUACAUUAUUUGCUCUAGCAUACUAAGCCACUGUAUGCUGAUUUUGUGUUCUACAUAUACAGUAUGUCUGUCUAUUUUACUCCUGGCCACUGUG